AUGCACAUCCUCGGUGGGGGCGCGUUCUUGUUCGACCUGUCCGGGCCGUGGCCGCUCCCGCUGCGCACCGAUGGCAAGCCCGACUUCCAGAUGCUACAUGAAAUUUCGGGCUACUUUGAGCCCGACCACUUUGGCGGUGAGGCAUAUAUUGAGAAUGCUUCGAGAAUAACGUGCAGAUCGGGCAAUGAUAUCCUCUCUUUCUACAAGGAAGAGUUGGCGGGUGACACGAAGAAUUUCAUCCAUGAUCAGGCGCGUGUCACCGGGAAGGAUACUUGGCAGUACACGCACCUUGACCCCUCGACGCCUUGA